AGCGGGGUAGGAGCCGCCCCCGCCGGGGCGGGGGCACAGCCGCGGCGGGCCGCGGGAGUGGGGAGGCCCACCAUGGAGGUCGGGGCAGCGAACUUCCAGUGGCGGCUGCCGCGCCUGCGGGGCCGCCUCCGCCGCGCCGCCUUCUUGGCCCUUGAUAUGGAGUUUACUGGCUUACACUCAACUUUCCCACAAAAUAACGAGCCCAGCCUGUUUGAUUCCCCCGCGGAGCGGUACCUGAAGGCCAGGCAGAGCGUUCAGCGCUUCACUGUGACUCAGCUUGGGCUGGCAAUAUUCUCAAAUGAAAAUUCAAACAAGUAUGUGGUGCAUGUGUACAAUUUUUUUCUCUUUCCCUCGACAUUGGGAGUUACGGAUGUCGAAUUCACCCUCUCUGCGUCUAGCAUUCAGUUCCUGUCUCAUUAUGGCUUUGACUAUAACAAGUUCCUCAAGGAUGGAAUCCCGUACAUGAAUGAGGUACAGGAGAAGAUCCUUAGCCAGCAUCUCUUAGCGGGUAGCUGGAAAGUCAGCAGUGUUCUGGACAGGGAUGUGCUGAAGAAGGCUAUUGAUGAAGUGACCUGUUGGAUAGCUGCAGCAGAGGAAGAGGAGACUAUGAUUCUGCAGGAUCUGAGUGGCUAUCAGAUGUUUGAAGUUCAGCUGGUUCUGAGACAGGCUCUCCAAAAUGUUUGGACACAGCCUCUUGGAGAUAAGAAGGUGAGAUGGAAACAUGGACCUUUUGAAAACAGGGUUUCUAUCCAGACAGCUGCAAAAUACCUUGACAUGGAAGUGCUUGUCCUUGGGGCACUUCUGGAGGGACCCUCUCUGUCUUCAGACUUUCUUAGAUCUCUCCUUCAAUACUUCCACAAGAAUGUACAGGUAAUGGUGAAAAAAGUGAGUCCGCAGCAUCGUCAGCUCCUGGAGAACUCUCCUUCUGACUGCUGCCAGAAAGAGUUCAUUCUCCUGUCUGCCCGGGGCUUCACCAACCUCUUCCAGACACUUGUUAAAGCCAAGAAGCCCCUGGUGGGACACAACAUGCUUAUGGACCUUAUGCAUCUUCACGACAAGUUCUACCAGCCCCUUCCAGAAAGCUAUGAAGAGUUUAAAAGGAACAUUCACAACCUGUUCCCUGUCCUCAUAGACACCAAGACUGUAACAAAAUCCAUCUGGAAGCAAUGUCCGUUUCCACGAGUAUCUAAUCUUUUGGAGGUGUAUGCGGUUUUGUGCAGCAGCAACCUAAAUCCCAAAGAUCCAACGUGCCCAGUGAUAGAUCUUGCAAGUGACUGCUCAAGAUACGCUGAGAAGAAAUCUCCUCACGAGGCAGGCUAUGAUGCAUUUCUCUGUGGUUCAGUUCUUCUGAGGUCAGCUCAUUUGCUACUGUGCAGAUCCACAGAUGAUGCAGUGGAGGCUGAUCCUUCUUUCUCUCACUAUCUCACCGUGUUAGCCGUGUAUCUGAACAAAGUGAAUGUCAUCCGAGGUGGUGUUUCAAGCAUUAAUUUUUCUGGGGAAGAUGUUCCCUGCCAACAUCCCCCUCUCUUGGUUGUCCAUGUCCGAGGCUGGCCAGGGCUGAAUGAAAGGCAGAUUUACCAAGAAUUUAAAGCUCUUUGUCGCUUUGAUGUCAGAUGGCUUUCAAAGAACCAGUUCAUUCUGCUCUCCAAUAAAUUUAAUCACGUCAGGCGCGUUCUGCGAGACUAUAGGCACCACCCUCACCUGCGGGUUUCCGUCUACCGCCACUGGAGGCACUCUCCACGCGUGAACUGCCUGCUGCAAGUCUCUGGUAUUGUGGCACUGUGGUCUCUCUUGGCCUUUGUACUUGGAGGAGCUCCUUGCUGUUCAUUCUGAAGCACUGCCUUACAGAUGAGCGAAGAGAAACACCAGGCUUGUGUUUGUCUGUGUUUUGGUUUAUUUCAUUUCGUUCAAUAAACUGUGACAAAAAAAAAAAAAGCUAU